CGGUUUAGAUAACCGCAUACCGUUAUCGGUAUUGUCCGGUUAUGACCGGCGAUUCCUCCAAAGUUAUAAUCCAUCACCACCCACCUUCUUCAUCUCCCAUAUUCGAUUUCAAAAUCUCGAUCUCGUCGACGAUGAAUACCGCUUUAGAUUUUGCUCUUCCGGCUACCUUCCCGGCGAAAUCGAGUUUCGUUGGCGGAACUCGACGCGUGAUUCCUCCUCCUAGAUUAUUCGGUUCCCGCGUAAGAGUGUGCUCUCUUCCUCCUCCUUCUUCAUCUCUCAAGGCUGAGUCAUGUUUAAAAAGAGAUGUGAACAGACAAUUAAGCAGUCUCGAGUCAAUGUUCUGUUACGACAAGCCCGUACCUGAAGAGAUCAUCGAUGAGCCUGUCGGAUUAUCCAUGUCCGAGAGAGAGAUUGGUGACAACAGGCGUUGCGCAUGUUGCGAAGCUAAAGGUGCAUUGCUUUGUGCCACUUGCUCUGGGACUGGCUUAUAUGUUGAUUCCAUUAUGGAGAGCCAAGGCAUCAUUGUUAAAGUCCGUUGCUUAGGUUGUGGUGGAAGUGGUAACAUUAUGUGCAAAAGUUGUGGCGGGCGUGGUCACGUAGGCCAUUGAUGACUCCCCAAGUUUCACUUUGUUUUUUUUAGUCAUGGUUUUGUCCUCCUUUUACUUGUUUUGCCACUUUUAUAUGUUGUGCCUUUCUCUGAUCUUAUUGCAGAAUCCUACCUUUGUCAGUUCCAUAUAUAGAUUUGUGUUCAUGUACUGAUUUAGUCUACAAUCUUGUAAAAGACUCAAUUCAUCUUCUGUUGUUGUAUAAAAAAUUAUCUCCUAAA